AUUUAAAUGCUCGCGAGUUUAUUACUACCUGUUCUCUCGACGUCCCCUCUACAUCACAGCCUAUGCAAACUGUAACCAAACGCAAUGAAUCAUAUGAGGAACAUAAAAGAAAUGCUGAGCAUCCCAACUGGAAGCAGGAAUGUGGCUACCAGCGGCUACUCCAGUUUCACAGACUCUCAGUUUUUCUUUGGGUCGCAGUUUUGGCCUGAAAAUUCUCAAGGCGUAUCUCAAGAUAUGAGUGUGUCAUCCAGGACCUCCCAACAAAGUUCACAAGAGGGAAGUGACCCAAAGUUUUCAAACAGUUAUCACACUAAACCUCUUCUGUUUGGAGAAUUAAAGGACAAAAGCAAAACUUUUGGAAUACUGGAUAAAUUUGAGGAGGACAAGAAAAGAGCAAAAGAAAAAACUGACAGCAAUAUUUUAGCCAAAGAAUGCCAUCAUUUUCGAGAAACUCUCAACAAUAUCCAGCAACUGGUCGCUGGCACAGAGAGAAAUACUGCUGUGUGCCAAACAGUCCUUGAAAAAUUUGACCAUUUUGUGUCAACAUUGCAAAAUAAUCUUAACAGUCUUCAGAGUGACAUUUCCCAGCAGUUUGAGAGUUUGCUGAAUAAAGUGAACUCCCAGAAAGAGAUGAUGACUGAACUGGAGGAGAGGGUGCAAAAGAGUGGAGAUACCACAGCAGAACUUGGUUCAAAUCUGCAAAGCAUAAAGAGUAGUCUGGAGUGUCUGAGAGAGGAGCAGGAGCGAGAACGAAACAUGCUUGAAGAGGCUCUGAAGCUGCUCAGCACCUUAGUCUCAGAGCACUCAGCCAAACCCAGCUCUGAGAGAGUGAUGGAUGGCGCCGUCCAGACGUCACCAGGGCUGGAAAAGCCAUUCUCCAACAUCCUGCAGGACAACAAGCUUGAGGGCACACAGCUUACAUGUAUGUCAACCAACCUUGAACACAAUCAGACUGAAGUUCCCCCUCAGGUUCCCAGCUACAUCGUAGGAAAGAUGAAGUUCACUCCAAGAGGCCACAGGAAGCGCAAAAAGAGGCCGCUGGUGCUCUCACAUCGGAGUAAGCGCUCUGUCACGGAUGAAAACAGUCAACCUCUCAUGAACUGUAACAAACAACCAAAUGUUUCAAUGCCUCUCUGUGAGUGUCGUGAUAUGAACCCGGUAACCUGCCAGGACAGUCUCAACCCAGACUGUCUAAUACCGCUGAACAGAGAGACGAGAUCCAUAGCUGCGGGAUGUUUCAUCACCCCUCUCAGCUGCUGGUCUCAGGACAGCAACAGCUCUGUGUGCCUCGCAGGAAUCGAACCCAUCUUAGAGAAGCUCUCAGCUGAGACCAAGACAGGGACCCCAGCAAAACCCAAAGGCCUCUGGCAGUUGUUUGACAUGGAUUGCGAUUCAGAUUUAGGCUCUUAGAGGAUGAGUAAAGGACUCAGAGCAGUGAAGCAUUUGUGUUCUUAUUUUUGGAGUACAGGGGAAUAAAAGCCCCAAAUGUUUAUUAUUAUAUUUAUUAUUACUUGUGACCUAUGUUCUAUUAGUAGUAGAGUUAUUCAGUUUUGUGAAGAAUGAACACAUUGAUAAAUUUUUUUUUUUUUGGUCUUGUACUUAUGGUAGAAGAGCUGUGGAGGGGUGUAUUAAGGUACUAAUGACAAGUAGGUUAAGGACAGAUUGACCCACAAAGUAUUACACAUAUUUUUAAUAUUAUAUUUAAUGUUCAUUUUUUCUGCUGAUAUAAAAAAAUAUUGUAACAGUUAAGUGUCUGUGACUUUGUAAAAUUAACUUAUUCUGUUUUUAUACUGCUGAUUUGAGCAGUAUUGAAGUCUGAUCUUGUAAAGAUACUUUGUAUUCUAGUAAUGGUAAGUGUAAGUAAUAGUAACUUGACAGGCAGCCUUUAAAAUUUCCUCUACGUGUCACCGAUGGACACCCUGCUCCUUGUUCCACUUUUAUACUGACAGCCAGGUGUUUUUUAAAAAUAUUUUGUCCACCCCAUUUAUAUCACUGAGGGUAGACUAAAUAUGAAUUAAUAAAACCUUCAUGAAGGCAGGAUUUACUGCAGGGCUGUUGUAUUAGACUGCAUUAGUUUUAACCAGCCGUACCUAAUUGUGUAUAAUUUUAAAAGAAUUGAGUGUCUGUGUUCAAACUACAACAACCACACUCCAUGAUAUCGCUAAGGUGCAUGUUUAUUAGCAGAAAAACAGUUUUAUUCUGCUUUAGCAAGCAUACCACAAUACAAACAAAGAAAUUGAUUAGUACAAUAUAAAAUAUUCAAUUUUUAUAUUGGCUAUGUACUAAGUCUGCCAAUAUCACUUUACUGUAGCCAUUAAUAUUUACCCUGUAAUAACAGACCAAAUACUUUAGCCACAUUUUGGUUUAAUUUGUAUUAUUAUUUUUUAUUAAUCUGCAACUAUUUUAAUGAUUGUUAAGUCAUUUUUCAAGCAAAAAUACCACAAAUCUUCUGGUUCCAGCUUCUCCAAUGUGACGAUUUGCUGUUUUUCUUUGUCAUGUUUGACAGUAAAACAUGACAGACUAAACAAUUAAUUGAGAAAAUAAUCUACAGAUUAGUCCACAAGAAGAUAAUUGUUAGAUAACCAUAAUUUAUGUCUGUUUAAUGUCAAAGGAAAUCAUUUCCUGGUGUUGCUGAUGAUGCUAUGCGCCACACAGCUGCAGGUUUCAGGUGAUCAAUCUCUGCAGAUGUUAUGCACUAAGAUAAAAAAAAUAACAACAAAAAUACUGUAUUUACAAAUGAUCUAUCCUCAUUCUAACAGCGUGCAAAUGAAUAACUGCAGAUCCUCUUUCAUGCAGGGCACUAAGACCUUUUCUGCUUGAAAAAAUUAAUGCCUUUGGCCCAGCUAUAAGUGCAUUGAUGAUUAAUAAUUAAUUUCUUUCACUAAUU